CCGGCUCGGCGCGGACGGGAGGCGAAGGGCCCGCGCCAGGCCCGAAGCCGAGGCGGAGCCGGGCCGCCCCCGCCGCGCCCGCCGGCCCGCCCGGGAUGAGGCGCUGAGGCCCAGCAUGGCAGGCCCGGGCCCCACCUUCCCGCUGCAUCGGCUAGUCUGGGCGAACCGGCACCGCGAACUGGAGGCCGCGCUGCACAGCCGCCAGCACGACAUCGAACAGGAAGACCCCCGGGGGCGCACCCCCCUGGAGCUGGCCGUGUCCCUGGGGAACCUGGAGUCCGUGAGAGUCCUCCUUCGACACAAUGCCAAUGUGGGCAAAGAGAGCUGCCAGGGCUGGGCAGUCCUGCAGGAGGCAGUCAGCACUGGGGACCCUGAGAUGGUGCAGCUGGUACUUCAGUAUCGGGACUACCAGAGGGCCACGCAGAGGCUGGCUGGCAUUCCGGAAUUGCUCAACAAACUCCGCCAGGCCCCCGAUUUCUACGUGGAGAUGAAGUGGGAGUUCACCAGCUGGGUGCCCCUCGUGUCCAAGAUGUGCCCGAGUGACGUGUAUCGCGUGUGGAAGCGGGGUGAGAACCUGCGGGUGGACACCAGCCUCCUGGGCUUUGAGCACAUGACCUGGCAACGCGGCCGGAGGAGCUUCAUCUUCAAGGGCCAGGAGGCGGGAGCCUUGGUGAUGGAAGUUGACCACGACCGGCAGUUGGUGCACACGGAGACACUGGGGCUCACGCUGCACGAGCCUGAAGCGCUGCUGGCCACCAUGCGGCCCAGUGAGGAGCAUGUGGCCAGUCGCCUCACCUCUCCCAUCGUCUCCACCCACCUGGACACUCGCAAUGUGGCCUUCGAGAGGAACAAAUGUGGUAUCUGGGGCUGGCGGUCUGAGAAGAUGGAAACCGUUAGCGGCUACGAGGCCAAGGUGUACAGCGCCACCAAUGUGGAGCUGGUGACACGCACACGCACGGAGCACCUCUCCGAUCAGGACAAGUCGAGGAGCAAAGGGGGGAAGACUCCAUUCCAGUCCUUCCUUGGGAUGGCCCAGCAGCACUCCUCCCACAAUGGGGCUCCUGUGCAGCAGGCAGCCAGCCCCACAAACCCCACCGCCAUUUCCCCCGACGAGUACUUUGACCCCAACUUCAGCCUGGAGUCGAGGAACAUCGGCCGCCCCAUUGAGAUGUCCAGCAAAGUACAGAGGUUCAAGGCAACACUGUGGCUGAGCGAGGAGCACCCGCUCUCCCUGGGUGACCAGGUGAUGCCCAUCAUCGACCUGAUGGCCAUCAGCAACGCUCACUUUGCCAAGCUGCGGGACUUCAUCACCCUGCGCCUCCCGCCCGGCUUCCCGGUCAAGAUUGAGAUCCCCCUUUUCCACGUGCUCAACGCCCGCAUCACCUUCAGCAACCUGUGUGGCUGUGACGAGCCCCUGAGCUCAGUGUGGGUGCCGGCGCCCGGCUCUGCCAUCGCAGCUUCAGCGAGCCCCUUCCCCUGUGAGGUGGACCCCGCCGUGUUUGAGGUGCCCGACGGGUACAGCGUGCUGGGCGCAGAGCGCAGCGAGCCCCUUCGCGACGAGGACGACGACCUGCUGCAGUUUGCCAUCCAGCAGAGCCUGCUGGAGGCGGGCACGGAGGCGGAGCAGGUGACUGUCUGGGAAGCCCUGACCAACACCCGGCCUGGUGCCCACCUUCCCCAGGUCACGGCUUACGAGGAGCAGCUUCAGCUGGAGCGGGCCCUCCAGGAAAGCCUGCAGAUGUCCACAGAGCCUGAGGGUCCGGGGGCCCCUCUCAGGGCGCCCCCGAGCUUUGAGGAGCAGCUUCGCCUGGCCCUGGAGCUGUCUGCGCGGGAGCAGGCGGAGUGGGAGCGGCGGGGGCGGCGGGAGGAGGAGGACCUACAGCGGACCCUACAGCGCUCGCUCACGGAGCUCUGAGCCCCGCCCUCAGGAGGGCUGCCCGGGGCUGCACCGCCCCCUACUUUUGUAACUUAUUUAUUUAUAGACACUCUGCUGCUGCUGGGCUUGGGGCCUGGAGCCCUGCGGCUGGGCGUGCAUUGGAGACUGAGAUGGAAAUAAAGAGACCCUCAGCAGCA